AUGGAUAAAGAAGAAGAAGAUUCAAUUCUUCAUUCAUAUUUAUUACCAUUACCUAUCAUUUAUAAGAUAGUUGAUGAUUUGUGGAAUGGAUCAUCUAUUUGUACAUGUUACUAUAGCGGAGAAUCAGUAGAGAAGAUAAAGGAAUUGAGUAAAGAUAUUCAUUCAAAAUAUGAUACUCUUAGAUUAUGGCCACUCUUUAAAGUAUUGUUACAAGUACACGAGGAAGAAAGAUUAAAGUGUCCUAUGCAUGCAUAUCAAUCGUAUAUGAAAGAUCAAUUACAAGUGUCAAUCAACUUGUGUCACCCCUUUGAAUCGACUCGUAACGAUUCAAAUUCGUGGAGGUUCCAAUUGCUACAUCUAUCAAAGAGAAUCAAUCAGUUUAUUAUCUCUAACAAUCGUCGUGCAAGUGUAAAAGUAUUCCUACCAAACCAGUCUCUUUCAAGUCUAUUCCAUGAUAGUCCAUAUUGUCGUACGAUUGCAAACCCUCGAAAUGUUACUUUGGAUGGGACAUCAUCACUCGAUACCCAAUAUAGCAAGUCGUCGUGGUGGAGUAGUAAGAUUGAAAAGUUGGUACUUGAAUUGAAAAUACCAAAUCAACAACAACAACAACAUGAACAACAUAUUGCAAAGGCAUUUCAAAAUAUUAAAUCAUUUAAAUCAAAGACAAUGUGGACUGAUUACAAGGCUAUAUUGGUAUUUAAGAAUCUUACCUCUCUCAAUUUAAUGGAUUCAUUGGGUACCCAAUCGACGUUUAGUUCUAAUUUCAAAUUGAUUCAAGAGAGUUUACCUACAACACUUGUUAAAUUCCUUACACCCCCUGGUGGCGAAUGUAUUUCUUGUGGUCCUCGUCUACUCGAUACUCUUCAAGCCACCAACAUUAGGGUAAACACCAAUCUCUUUAAAAACCUUCGAACCUAUCAUGUCACUCAAGGUCACGGCUUCAACGUAUUUAACAUGCCAACAGUCACCAAAGUUAUCAUGCAUCGAUACAUGUCAAAUGCUAGUAGCCUCUCAUUCAAAGGAUUCCCAAACAUCAAAACUCUAAAGUUUAAAUCACACAUUGCAAAUGAUUUUAUACCAUUUUGCAAUCAUACUAUCAAUCGAUUGAUUGUAUCAAACCAAUCAACAGAUAUAACAGACACCAUGAUAAAUACAUUUGCAUUAAAUGGUUAUCAAUAUCAAGGUUCAACAUUCAAAGAUCAAACCAAUACAAGAGAUUAUAUGUUUAUUAAAACAAUUGAUAAUAAUAAUAACAAUAUUAUGCCACAAGAAAAAACAAAAGAUGAAAUAACCUCUUUAUUAUUUUUAAAAUAUCCAACAAAAGAAAUCAUAUCAUCAACAAAUCAAACACUUCAAUGGUAUAUUAUUGAAAAAAUCAUAAGAUACUCUUGGACUGGAUACAUGUGUACUUGCCAAGUAGAUUUUUCACAAUCUAUGAAAAAUGGAUCAAUCAAUACACUAGUGGCAGAUGAAUACCUGGAAACCAAAUCAAACUGUCCUAUACACAAACGACUUUGGUACUAUCAUAACUCUUACGACUUUGAUAAACUACAUGUUCAAAUCAAUAGAGCAAGAUUUGGUUUGGCACAGGACCUCUGCAUUACCGGAAACCAUAUGCCAACAUUAACACUCUCAAACUAG